GAAAUUUUCUUCAUUAAAAGCUGUUUCUGGGGAAGAAAUUACAAUUAUUGGGCAAAUUAUACAUAUAUUAAGAUAAAGAGAUACUGGAGGAGAUUGCGAAAACAGUUGUUUUAAUCUUUAAAUGGAAGAGUUUUAGAGGAAAGAAAACAACUGUUGAACUCAGCAGGCAACUAUUUUUGAACUUGAAAAUCAAUCCUUCAUCUCUGUGAAAUCGCUUGCAAAUGACAGAGACAAAAUACAAAUUUAGCUUGCUCAACUCGCUGGCUGAUGAACCACAGGAACAUUUGUUUGUCAAAAGAAAAAGAUACCCACAACGCAAGGAGUUGAUUAAAGGCUCGAAUUCAAUGAAUUAGAGUUAGUAUUAUUUAUUCGGAUUUUACGCUUAAUGAACUAUCAUGAAAUCAGAUUUCAAGUGAAAUUAUUUGUUUUUGAAAAGUUUCCAUUACAUUGCGGAAUUAAUUAUAUUGUCAUAAUUUUGCAAUCAUCAGCCCGCUCAGACGAAUAUCGUUUUCAAAAUGAAUGAGAUCAAAUCUAUGGAGCAUGCGACAUUGAAGGUGCCGUAUGAAGUGUUUAACAAGAAGUACCGCAGUGCUCAACGCGUCUUCGAUGUUGAGGCGCGUCAGGUUAGCAGUGCCGCCACAGAAAUGGAAACGGUCAAGAACCAACCCAUCACAAAUACAGAGAUCGAUAGUCUAUUGGGUGGCAUGGUCGAGAAGUUGACAACGAUGAAGCGAAAAGCGAGCGAGGCUAUUAACGAAGAGCUCCAGGUCGCUUACGUCUGCAAGAAGCGUCUGGAACACCUGAAGGAGCAGGCCAGCGCCCUCGCCGAGCCGUCCUCCACGCAGGUGAAGACGACGCUGAACCAAUGGCGUAAAGUGCGUCUAGAUCGGAUGCUGGUUGACUACUUCCUGAGGAACGGUUACUACGAGUCCGCUUGGAAGCUGGCGGAAUCCGCCGGCCUCAGGGAGCUCACCAAUGUCGACAUAUACAGCGCGGCCGCCGCGGUGGAGGCCGAGCUGAAGAGCCAGAGGACGGCGCGCUGUCUGCAGUGGUGCUCCGGCAACAAGUCCAAGCUGAGGAAGCUGAACUCCACGAUGGAGUUCAACAUCAGGAUACAGGAGUUCAUAGAGCUGGUGCGCGAGGACCGGCGCCUGGAGGCCGUGCGUCACGCCAGGAAGCACUUCUCCAACCACGAGGAGGGGCAGCUGGUCGACAUUCAGCACUGCAUGGGCAUGCUGGCCUUCCCCAAGGACACCGAGGUGGAGCCGUACCGGUCGCUGCUGGCGCGCGGGCGCUGGGCGCGGCUGGUGCGGCAGUUCCGCGCCGAGCACGCGCGCCUGCUGCACCCCGCGCCGCUGCCGCUGCUGCCCGCCACGCUGCAGCUGGGCCUGGCCGCGCUCAACACGCCUCAGUGCUACAAGGAGAGCAGCCAGGCGGCGGACUGCCCGGCGUGCCAGGCGCCGCUGUCGGGGCUGGCGAGGCAGCUGCCGCACGCGCACUGCUCGCACUCGCGCCUCGUGUGCCGCAUCUCGCGCCUGCCGCUCAACGAGCACAACCAGCCCAUGGUGCUGCCCAACGGACAGGUCUACGGGGAGAAGGCUCUGAAGCAAAUGAUGAAAGAGCACGGCUCGAUCAUCUGCCCGAAGACGAAAGAAGUGUUUUGCAUGAAGCGCGUCGAGAAGGUGUACGUCAUGUGAGCUCCGCGACCCCCCGUGAGCACCCCCGCGACCCUUCGCAACGUGCACCCCGAGUUAACCACCCCCUCCCUACUCUACUCUACUAAAAACCCUAAAAGAACUAAUUUAUCACUUUAUUGAUCCACUAGCUGUAACCGCCCGCUUUGUUGGGCAUUUAAAAUUAACAUUAUUAUUUCUCACCCCCAUACAAUCUCAUCAUUAACGCCCCCGCAACUGGUGUAGGGAGUCCAACACUCAUACAAAUAUAAGCCUAUCCAUUAAGUACAUGUAUUUCCUACAUGGAUACCAAGUUUCAAGUCAAUCUGAUGCAUGGUUCAGUAGUUAUAACGGAACAUCCGUAAAAACCACUCUAGAUUUAUAUAUUAGUAUAGUAUCCACUUUAAUAAUGUAACAAAUUUAAGUCAAUAUAUGGUAAUAGUAACGCUGAAUGUGUUUCCUGAUCUUUAUAUAUAAAAAUAAUUCUACUGUACGUGUGUACUGAACUCCUCCAGAACGUGUAAACCGAUUUUUAUUUUUAUUUUUUCUGAAUGUUUUCAGUAAAUUUUACGAAUGGCUUAGAUUCACAAUUCGGUCCACUAAAAAUGUUUUUUUAUUAUUAUUAUUUUUCGUAAAGUUUGAAAUUUUCGGACUUAGGACAGGACAACAUCUGUCCGGGUCCGCUAGUAAUAAUAAUAUAUAUAUUGAAACUAAUUUAUAACGUAACCAGAACUCGAUAGUUCAACUGUUUCGUGACGUCAUAAGACAGUAAACAGUGGUGUGCUCUGUGGCGAUUAAUGUUCUCAAAACAAAAAUGUUAUGAACUUGUAUGUAAAAAAUAAAUUUGGUUCUUGUUUAGUUUUUAUUACGUAUACGGAACCCUAAUAAACUGCGAAGUUUUUUUUUCCUUUUUUUUGCCUACCCUUUCUGGUAAGCUUGAGGGGUUAUAUUAGCUCACACUAGCUCAAGCAAGAGCAGUGCUUCGCAGAAUCUACCACCGGAUCGUAACCGCGAAACACUGAGAAGAUUUGGCGAGAAACUCAGUAGAUUAAGCUCCGAAGAGAAUGUGAAUAAGAAUACAUUUUGUUUAAAGUUCAAAGUAGUUUUAUAUUCGAUUUCAAACAUUCAUCAUUGAAUUAAAUUUCGAAAACGCGUCAUCGUUUAGAUUUAUUGAAUUUCAGAACAGCGAAGGGUCUUUUAAAGAAUCUGAAUUUUUAAUAUUAAAUAUAUGUAUUAAUAAGGUUAACGUAUAAUAAAUUUACUCACGGAUUCUAUUCUCGGUUUUAAAAAGUAAAAUGUUUGUGAAUAAAAAAAAAUCAUUAAGAAAAGAAUUUUUGUUUUGUAUAUCCCUUUUAUAUCCUUUGUUUAUUUAGAUUUAAAAAAAUAUAUAUAAUAGAAAACAUGUUUGAAUCACUUUAAGAUGACUUAAAUAACGUAAACUAAUGGCCACUUGACGAUCGAAAUCCGACCUUAAUCACCAAUGCUUCAAGACUUAAUUUUAUGAUAGGUUUUCUCUUUUCUUUUUGACUUUUUUGGAGAAUUGAAAAUGUUUUUAAAAAUAAAACAUCUGUGAAUUCUUAAAAUCUUGUAUUUAAAAAUAAAAUAAAGAAAAUCUGCUGACAAACAGAAUUUAUAUUCAAGUUUUUUUGGUUCCUUUAAAUAUAUGUUGUAUGUAACAAUAAUAGACAAAAUAAAACUAUGUUAAUUUUUAUAUAGCCAUGUCGGUGUUACCAUUUUGAAGAAGUCUCUUCAUUUCAUUCGAAGUUUUGUAAAUCGUUUUUUUAUUUUAGUAUUUUCCCUUUCCGAAAUGCCAUAAUUUGGUCAGUAGUGUAAUGUUUUUUUUUCUUUCUUUAAUAGCGAAUGUUUUUUUUAUCGUGUAUUUAGUUUUAAUGAUCUGUAAUUGUUAUUUGUUUAAACAAUAUACCUGUGCUCUGAGAAAUUGUGGAAAUUAAAGCAAUUACAAAAAACUAAAA